AUGGACAGCAGCGCAGACCUGGCCAUCUGUGUCGCCUGCGGCACUCAAUUCGACGUUCCCCUCUCCUCGCCACCGAAAAGCUGCAGAAUAUGCGAUGACCCCCGCCAAUUCGUCCCCCCAACAGGUCAAUCCUGGACAUCCCUCCACACCCUCCGGUCCAGCAAAGAAACCCACACCAACAAAAUCCACCCCGACUCGACCAACGCCUCCGUCCACUCCAUCAGCACGUCGCCCAAAGUCGGGAUCGGACAGCGGUGUAUCCUCCUCGAAACGCCGCACGGCAACGUCCUGUGGGACUGCAUUACGUACCUCGACGAUGCGACGGUGGACUUCAUCCGGUCGAAGGGAGGGUUGAAGGCGAUUGUCAUUAGUCAUCCGCAUUACUAUUCUACGCACUUGGUUUGGGCGGAGGUGUUUGGGUGUUCUGUUUAUUUGGCCGCGGAGGAUGAGGAGUGGCUUUGUAGGGAAGACGUCGGCGGGAGACGGAGAUUUUUGGGGGAGGAGAGCGUGAGGGAGGAGAUUGUGCCGGGGGUGGUGGCUGUCAAGGUUGGAGGCCAUUUUCCCGGGAGUUUGGUGCUGGGAUGGGAGGGGAGGUUGUUUAUUGCGGAUAGUUUUGUCACGGCACCGUCGGCGUAUUACCAUAUUGAUCGACCGCCCGGGACGACGAGCUAUGCUUUCAUGUGGUCGAUUCCGAAUAUGAUCCCUUUACCGCCUUCGGAAUUGCUGAAGAUGUGGAAGGCGCUGGAAGGGGUGGAGUUCGAAAGUACGUACGGGGCAUUCGUUUCGACGGAGGUGAGGGACAAAGGCUUGAAGGGAAGAGUGCUGGAGAGUAUGAAGAUUCAGACGAGAGCCAUGGGGCAUGAGAAGCAUGAGAUUCUGGAGCAGAGCUGGCCUUGA